AUGUCCUCCGCUACUGGUCCCAAAAUGCACUCAGAUCCACCGGCAAAACGAUCCUCCUUCGCUCUUCGCUAUCAUGACUUCGCAGACGGGCACAGCGAUCUGACUCCGCGCCCGACUCUGAUCCCCCCCUUCCCCUCUUUUUCCACCACCUCAACAUCCAGAACUCCAUCGAACCAAAGACGCGACUGGGACACGAUUGAGACAAAUCAAAGAAAUCGUCUUCAUUCUUUCACCACCCGCGAACUCCUCAAUCUCGAUGCAAUAACUGAACGUCCAAUGACUGCAUCUACACUGUCCGAUGUGCGCAUUCUCGCAUUACUACGAAAGACACAAUGGGACAGGACAGGUACAAUGUUUGGAAGAAAAGAGGCGAUUAUUAUUGACGACUGGGAAAGAAGUGGAGAUGAAGAGGGUGGGAUGUAUGGAAGUUGGAAUUCGGAGAAUGGACAUGUGUGGAAAGCCUUGCGGCCGAGUUUGACGAUUGCAAGUCAGUAUUUGUUGUCGAGUCAUAUGUUACCUUGGUUUGACGCUUUACUUCUUGCCCCUCGGAAACCUAUACCACCCGAAAGAAACCUACUCGACGUGCCCAAUCUCCAAUACUUUUCUCCUCGACAUCCAGCUUAUAACAUUGAGGAUACUAGGAAAGCCCGUGAUAAGAUAUUAAAUGAUGUCCUCUUGGAAAAACAUGACAUUUUGUUCUCGUUCUUUGAGCCAGGCAAAAAUCCAUACAUAGGGGAGAUUGACGUAGACGCCGACGAGAACAUGUAUCCUGAUCAGAACACGCUGGCCUUUGCAGACAUUCGCUGGAAUAAGCGGAAUCCGGGCGAUGACAAAGAAAAUCCAUGCUAUAAUAUCGUACUCAUGCUGAACAUAGUACACGAAUUAGUUCAUGCUAUAGAAUUGGCUAGAAAUUAA